CUCUGGGGAACAGUGAGGAAAACUCUCACCUCACAGAAGACAGAGAAAAUGCCGUCCAUCGCACCAAAAGGAGCCAGCAGAAUAAACGACUUGAUUCAGAAUCACAUGGAAACAAACGGAAAGAAAGGAAAAAAGGCAAGAAAGGCCCUCCUGGUGCACCUGGCCCCCCAGGCCCUCCAGGGCCACAGGGGCCACCAGGUAUUCCUGGCAUCCCAGGUAUCCCUGGGAACAACGCCAUGGGUCCCUCAGGACCACCCGGACCGCCAGGCCCUGCUGGACCCCCAGGGCCACAGGGACCCCCUGGUCUUCAAGGACCCUCAGGGGGCAGAGUCAGAGAUAGCCAGGUAUCCUGCUGUGGUACAUCUCCAAGGCCAGGAAACAACAAUACAGGUCAAGGAAGAUCUUUCAGAAGGCGUACUGAGAAACUGGAAAAUGAUAUCCAUGCAUCACAAGGUGUUCAAGAUGCACUCGCGGUCUGGGGAGCUAGAGGUGCUGGUAGAUGGUACCUACUUCAUCUAUAGUCAGGUAGAAGUUUACUACCUCAACUUCACUGACAUUGCUAGCUAUGAGGUGAUGGUGGACAAGACGCCAUUCCUGCGCUGUACACGGAGCAUCGAGACUGGACAGCGCAAGUUCAACACCUGCUACACGGCUGGGGUGUGUCUGCUGCGUGCCCGGCAGAAGAUCUCCAUCAGGAUGGUGUACGAGGACACCUCCAUUAGCAUGACCAACCACACCACCUUCCUGGGGAGCAUCCGACUCGGGGAGGCCCCCCCAGCCAGCCACUCCUGAAGAAGCAGACACAGGCCCACCAAACUGACUGUCAAAUCAGGACCCAACCCUCAACCAGCCCCAACCCUCAACCACCAUAUCCAUCUAUGGUUUGUGGGAGUCUCCACCGACUCUACUCUACCAUCACCACCAUCUAUCACAUAUCGACCAAUGAGGAGAUGAGAAGGCCCACCUACUCCUGAGUUGACAUGUACAGUACAUACAGUAUCCACCCUCAGGCUGGGCCAGGCCCCGUCCUCAGGCUACUACUGAGCUGAUAGGUCCCACCCUACCUGAUAUUAGGGUGUAAUGAUGUAAUGAUAUUAGCCCACUGCCUGUUAUCUCUGAGUGGAAGAUUCUUUCCAAAGAGUGACGAUGACUCUGAUCUUCGGUGCUGAUUAUGGACAAAUAUGCACCCAACUUGCAAGCAUUAAGAAAGGGAGGAGUUGCUGAUUUUUUUAGGAAGGAAAAUACAUUAGGCUUUACUUCUAGAAUAGUGCAUUUAUUGGGAAUAACUUGGUUUCCCUGAUCAUAACAUGCUUGAGAAACCAAGGUUGACAGGAGUCAUUCAAGUCUCCACUAAAAUAACUGUCUGUCAUGGCAAAGUACAUAAAACACCUGUUAUACAUUAUUAAACAACUGUAGAAUGCUUGUUUUUAUCUACCAAACUAAACCUAUUUGGAGAAGUGAAUGUGAUUGUUGGUGUUGUAUCAAUCCACUGAGUCAUAUAGGUCGUUAGGUAACAUGGGUACAUACUGUAAAAGCUUUUGAAUACAAUAUAGAAAUACAAUGUGUGAGAGUUCUCUGAUGAAUUGAACAUGCACAGCUGAAGCACACACAUUUCUCUGUUAGAAUGUGCACUGAUUAAAACAAAUUAUUGAUCUGUAGGCAAAUAUAUCCCUCUCCCUCUCUCUACCUCUCUCUUUCUCUCUCUCUGUUAAAUAACAAGGUCUUUAUGGAUGUUUCUUUUAUGUUUCAAAUGAAGUUGUUUGUCAAAUAUGGAAUCAACCAGAUUAAUACUGUAGAUUUAUUUUUCCAAAUUACUAA